AUGAAAAGCAAAGGGAAAGAACUAAUAGCUCCCAACCAAGAAAGUUCCAAGAAUGAUAUAGUAUUAUCUGAUACCAAAGGACGAGUCCCAAUCGAUAAGAACUCACUAGAAUAUAUAAUGAAAUCCGCCAUUGCCGGAGGUCUCUCAGGAUCAUGCGCUAAAACACUGAUAGCACCUCUUGAUAGAAUUAAAAUUCUAUUCCAAACUUCCAACCCUCAUUAUACAAAAUAUGCAGGAUCAUUGGUUGGAUUGGUAGAGGCUGCGAAGCAUAUAUGGAUAAAUGAUGGUAUAAGAGGUUUCUAUCAAGGUCAUUCUGUAACAUUAAUACGAAUAUUCCCCUAUGCAGCAGUGAAAUUCGUUGCAUAUGAACAAAUUAGAAAUUUCUUAAUUCCAUCUAAAGAAUUCGAAACUCAUUGGAGAAGAUUAUUAAGCGGAUCCCUAGCCGGAUUAUGCAGUGUGUUUAUGACCUAUCCGCUUGACUUGAUUCGAGUAAGAUUAGCAUAUGUUACAGAGCAUAAAAGAGUACACUUAAUAGAUGUUGUUAAAACCAUUUAUACAGAACCUGCAUCUACAACUUUGAAAAUGAAAUGGUAUAUACCGAAUUGGUUCGCUCAUUGGUGUAAUUUUUAUCGUGGUUAUACUCCCACUGUAUUGGGUAUGAUACCGUAUGCUGGCGUAUCAUUUUUUGCUCAUGAUCUUUUGCAUGAUAUUCUACGAUAUCCGUUAUUUGCACCAUAUUCUGUUAUGAAAACCUCAGAGGAACAAAGGAGAGAACAAUCUCAUUUACAUCAAAGAAUACCGCUAAAGACAUGGGCUGAAUUAUUCUCGGGCGGGAUAGCAGGAAUGGCAUCACAAACUGCUGCAUAUCCAUUCGAAAUCAUAAGAAGAAGGUUACAAGUGAGUACGUUAUCAGUAAGUAACAUGUACACGCAUAAAUUUCAAACUAUUUCUGAAGUGGCAAAGAUAAUAUACAAAGAAAGAGGAUGGAAGGGUUUCUUUGUUGGAUUAAGUAUUGGUUAUAUCAAAGUUACACCCAUGGUGGCCUGUAGUUUUUUCGUUUAUGAAAGGAUGAAGCUGAAUCUCGGUAUAUAA